UUUGUCCAUGCACGCAGAGUAGGCGGUCUUGGGCCCUGUUUUUGUUAAUUUGUUUUUGUGGGGUUUUUUGUUUGUUUUUAGGCAGUGGUGGGUCCUGUUUUUGUUUAUUUGAUCGUUUUUGUGGGGUUUUUUGUUUGUUUUUCCCCCACAGAACGAGCACCGGACCGGCGCUCUCGUGAUGACGGGAUCUUCCGUCACUGAGGAGGCGACAGCGAGAGGGGGGCGGCGCCUGCGCAGUGCGCUGUGCCCGUUGGCCCGGCAGCCGUGGGCCGUUGUGUUGUAGUAUAAUGGUUACACAGAGGUCCUGUGAGAAUGGAGAUCAAGCUGGAUGUUCUCGUGUCCACGUCUAUCAAACAAAGGAAACCGUGGACUCGAAUCACCUGGAUUGGGCAGGAAAAAGAGGCUGUUUUUCUUCUAGAUGAUAAACAUAUAAAUGAAAUUAAUCUUGCAUCAGGGAAGACAAAGAAGAAAAUUCCCCAGCUGCAAUCACUGUUAAAAAAUGUAGUUGUCUUAACAACGUCAAUAAAUGGCGCUUGGCUGGCAGGAUUACUUACAACAGGAGAGUUAUUCCUUUGGAAUAAAGACCAGGACUGCUUAAAAGUAAUACCAGCAAUUGAUGAAUCUAGGAAGAUAACUGCAGCAGCACAAGAGUGUUUGAUGAGAUUGUAUUUGUAUGUGUCUGGAGAUGGCAGAAGGGUGCUCUUAACUACUCCUACAGCGUGUGUCUUUUUGUGGGAGAGCACAGAAUACACAAAUACACUCUCUUAUAAAAACUCUUCUGGGCGGUGGACGCAAAUUUUGCCCAGUGAAUCAAUCAUGUUGCCGUCUACUGAAGAAAAAGAAAUCGGAGUUCAUGCUUCUUUCAUACAAAAUGAGGUACUGGGUGAUUGCUGUUUGUGCUCAUUUGUGUUUUACUCUGGCGAGUGUUUGGUUUUAACAUUUUUGAUUCUUCGUUGGCAUGAAAAUGGCUUUAAAUUUGCCAGUUCUUUGCCAUACCAGAUCCACUGGGUGCAGCAGACUUGUUCUCUUGUUAAUUUAGUGCCUCAGUGCGUAUCUAUAAAGUCAAGAGGAGCUUUGCUAUCUGCAUUUGCAAGAGAUGGACUUUUUCUUGCAGUAGCUGUUAACCAAAUUGAUCCUAAGGCAACUCAAAUUUUGUUUUUAAACACCCUGAAUUUUUUAACUGUUUCGGGUAGUGUUAAAGGUUGCAGUAGCAAGAGCAACACUGUCCCAUCCAAGUUUAUCAGGUCUUACUGGGUUGGUGACAUGAGUUGGACUCCUGAUAGCCUUUUCUUGGCUUGCAUGUUAAAACGUGGGUCUUUGAUUUUGUUGACUGGUAUGGGUGAAUUGCUGACCUUGAUUACUUCUGGCUGCUCUGUAGAAUUUGGGCCAGCAGAGUUUAUUCCAAUUCAUCCACUAAUAACAUACAGACAGCACAGCACUUUGUGUCAAGACUCUAGUCAGACUCUUGGAUCGUCAGCUUCUGAAAGUGAUAUUAUGAGACAGAGAUUUUCUGUUGCUUCUCACUCAAGAUUACCCUACCUCAUUGUCUCUGAUGGAUUCAUGAUAACAGUGCUAAGAUUUCAUAACAACGUUUCACCAGUGGGAUUUUUAAGAUCGCUUUUGCUUGAUUCAACACAGCGGCUUGAAACUGUCCGUAGGAAUCUGAUGAACUCCCAGUCUAAAGGGAGACAUCUGUGUUUACGAUCCCUGUUGUCUUUAAAAGACAGCCUUCUAAAACACACGCAAAACCAUACCUCCAACUCUUUCAGUGUUCCAAAAUUUCUAGAAGAGGACACAACAGAAAGAAAUCAGAAAACCACAGACUUACUGGAUUAUGAAAAUGAAUCUGAUGAUGAAAAACUGUUUCCCAAUAGCUCUUCUAGCAUCUUUAGCCAAAGAGUCCUUUCUUCUGUUGGUAAAGCUGAUCAAGGUCACAUAGAAUUCGCAUCAAUGUUUGAUACUAUUCAUGCAGAAGACGAUACUGAAGAGAAAGACAAGUUAUCAGUGGAGCUGAAUUCUGUUCAGAGAAGUCUUCUUACUGCAUGGCAGAUAGGGAUUUCAAAAAAUAUUGAAGAAAGAGAUACUUUCCUGAAUUACACAGUAAGCUGCAUUUCCCAUUUUUUCAACAUUCUUCAGUUUGUAGAAUGUUCUUCACUAUACCAGGAUGCAUUUUUAAAUAAAUCUGUGAAGAAUUCUCACUGGAUUCAUUGUGUUUUAAGAUACUUUAAACUGUGUUUAAGUGUCUUGCACUGGCAUUCAAGAGCUGGUAUGACUGGGCAUGUGGCAAAGCUGACAUUACAAACACUGAAACUUAUGCUUGUCCAGAAGCAAGAUCAGUUGUUCUCAAAAAAUCUUUUGGCAUGCUUCUGUCUUUUGAAGAUGGUUUCUCAUACUCUAAGUAGCACUUGCAUACCACAGUAUGAGAACUUGUUUGUUCCUGGUGUUAAUAGUCUCGUGGAGCUUGAUUCAUUCAUUGUACCUAUAUUGCUAUUUCUGGAUGAGAGUGCAACUCAGGAAUUCAGCUCACUGAAAUCUCUGCUUAGAAAGCCUCCUCAAGCACUGAACUGUGAUGAAAAAACAGAAAAAAGGUUGAUUGUCCUAUGGCGGUUCUUGUAUAAAAGAGUGGUUUGCUACUGGAUCCUGCUGAACAAAAAAGCAUACAAGAGUUCAGAAGAAGAGACCAUUGUCUCAUUGCUCUUGAGCCAUGUACAAGCAAUUCUUCAGUCUUCAGGAGUGAUAUUAGAACAACACUACAAGAUUAAUUCUAUAGCUGGUGAGGAGAAAUUCCUUUUAGGCUCAUAUGGAGAAUCUGUGGAUGUUUGGAAAAGAUGUCUUUGUGAAAUCAAGGCAAAGGGAGGAAAAAGAGCAUGUUUUCUUCAGAGUAGAUAUUACCUUGCUUUAUUAUUUUGCCACCUAUAUCAUUAUAACUUAUGUGAGGCUCAAGGACUCUGUGAUCAUCUGGUAGGAGAGAUUCUAAGGCGAUCACAGCUCUCAGUAAGUCAGAUGGAAGAUUUUUCAGACACUAAGUAUUCUCAGCAUGAACUGUGGAUGUUAACAGAUGUUCAUACUGAAACUGCUAUGGCUGUGAUUCGAUCCAUGGCUCGAUUCAUGGCUGCUUAUUUCACAAAUCAGCUACUCUAUAUCUUUCCCCCACACAAUGUUGAUAUCCUGCAUCCACUUCACAUCAAACCAGAUACAUCUCCUCGUAUUAUUCCACUGCAACACCAUCUGGUUACAAGAGCUGUCAGAGAUCAGAACCUUUCAUCUGUGUGGACAGUAGUAUAUGCUCUUGACUUGUUCUUUGUUGGGGGACUUAUUCCAGAAGCUGUUUGGUUAACACACAGACUUGGUGACUGGAAACUCUCAGUCUCAAUUGGUGUGGCCUACACUCUAUACUGUCAGAACUCUGAUGAAUUCACAAGACUGAAAAUCACAGAGCAUCAUCUGCCAUUAAGCUUAUCACCAGUGCAGACUUUUCAGGAAAAACUACAGUCUUUGCUAGGGCAACCAGCUACUUCUGAAACAACAACUGAAGAACAUAUUAAAUACAAGCAGUUUACAGAUCCAAUUGAAGAAGAGGAUGCAGAUGUCCUUUAUAGUUCAGUACAGGAGCUACUGAAAGCUGCUGUUAUGGCAGAUGCUGAUAUUCUCUCAGAGACAUUUCAGCUUUUGAUAGAUUCUGUAAAGGAUCUUAGUAGAAAAUUUUGUGGUCUAAUUCCAGAUGGGCUUUAUCUACCAGCACCACCAUUAUACUGUCCUCAGCCAGCUUCUCUCAGUGAAGAGGACUGUAAUGAUUUUAUUUUAAAAACUGAGAGAGAAAAUCGACAGAAAGUGUCAGGAGUUCUUCAGCGAAUUAUCUUGCUCUUCCGGGCCUCUUCUUGUUCCUGUCCUGCAGCACAGUGGUAUAUUUCACAGCUGAAGCGGGGAAGAAAAGUUAUGCAAAAAAUUCGAAUGAAAGGAUCUCUUCCUUCACUGAGCCCAUUCCCAGACACUUUGCUUCGUUACUGCAAUUUUCGUACUACUUUCUGUUCUGAAUCUACAUCUUCUGGAGACCAUCAGCUUGAUGAUAUUUCCUGUAAAAUUUUAGGUUGGUUCCGAGAGCUGUGUGCAUUGUGCUGGAUGCUGCAUGUUCGUGAAAGAUUAUCUGACAGUUGUAGGCGGUACCAAGCUGCAAGGGAAAAUGCAAACAUCCACAAGGAUCUUAAGAAGAAUGAAUGUGAUGCCUCCACAGUUGAGCAUUGUCUGAAUGCUGCAGAAUGGGCUUGCAGAAUGCUUCCUUUCUGCAGGUUCAUGAAUGUUGAAGAAUUAGUUCAAGAUAUAAUUCUGAGCCUGCUUGGAGAACUGCCUCCAAUCAGAAAGGUGGCAGAAAUUUUUGUUAAAGCUUUUCCUAAUCCUGAAGAUGUACGAGUUCCACUAAGAGAUAAAUAUCAUAGUCUUCAGCAACGACUCAGACACUGUACUGUUCAAGGUCCUGAAAGUGACAAAAUGAUGUCUGUUGUCAUACAGGCUCUGGAAAAAGCUAGAAUGAAGAACUUGAGACUUGUAAUAAGGAAUAUAGGCCCUAUAGAAAUUAAUGUUUGGGAGCCAGCAGAAGAAGGAGCAGAUUAUCAGGAGCAACACUAUUAUGACAGAGACUCACUAGGCACUAGUAUAAGCAGAAGCACACUUACUGAACUUGGCAAUCCUCAGUUGCAUAGUGAGGCUGAAACAGUAGAUACACUUUCUGAUGCUUUGCUUGAUGAAGAAACAAGAUUUCAUACACCUUUACCUCAAAGGGAAAGUGAAUAUCAGAGACAAGGAGAGAUAGGUAGCAAAAAUGCUACCUGCAAGACAAAAGUUCUUACUUCAAAAACAAAACAUAUGGAGAAGGCAUAUAGAAAGGACACUCAGAAUCAGUAUAGUUUGCCUGUAGUCGGUGCAUGGGAAUUUGAACGUGAUGAUGAAGAGUAUGUUAAUUUCCUAGAGCUCUUUCUGAGCUAUGUUCUUGAGAAAGAUCUGUUAAAGUACAAUGACCACAGAAUUCCAUUUCUUACAAGCUUUUCUGGACUUCUUCAAAAACAUGAAUUAAACUCUCUCUUUUUUGAGAUUCAUACAACACUAAAACGUCGACAAGCCAAAACAAGAAGCCAAAGUGUGUUUAGAGCAGGGUCUUGCUAUACUGUCACCCUGACGUCCUACAAUCCUGAAACAGUUUCUGUCCACGGUAUAAGCCAAAAUGUUCUGGAAAAUCCAAACAUUGUACAGUCCACUAUACAGGCAGCAGAACCUUCUGUGCAUAACACAAACAAAGAACUUAAAGGAUUAUUUGGUUUAAAACGCAACUCAAUUUACAGAGCUCAGAGUGACAAUCAAGAAGUAACUAUUGCAUCAGCAAGCCAGAUUGUUCCUAAAGAUAAUUCCUGCACACUACAAACUCUGACAACUUCUAAAUACGUGUACAAAACUGCUCAUUUUCCUGAUACUGUACCAGGAGAAGAACUAGCAAUAGAACUGACAGGUAAAUUUAGCAAUAUUGCAAGAUUACUUGAGUGGAUGAUCAGAUGGUCUGACAGGAGACUGCUGCAUGGUUCCAAGAAACAAGAUUCCAUAGAGGAAGGUCCUCCAAUGAUACGUGUGAAAACAUCAGCAGCUGCUGUCAUUACUUCCUUAUGGCUGUUAGAACAGUUGUGCAAAGAUGGAAAACAAGCAAGGAGUGUAACAUUUAAGAAUACAAGUAAUGAAUGUCUGAAAGAAUCUACACCUCUAUCAGAAGCUCAGCCUACGUCUGAGAGAAAAUACAGAGUAGAUGAAGGCACUUCAGCAAGUCCUCCAGCUGAUGUCAAUAAUGUACAGGCCUAUGACAUCCUCUGUGAAGACGGUUUUGGCAUGUCUACAAAAUCAAAAUGUUUUGAUAAGAAGGAAAUUAAACAUGGGAAUUGUUGUCUACCUCAUGUGACUGAAGAUCUUAGUAAAGUUGAGCCAUUUCUUCAGGAGGAGUCAGACUUAACAUCACAAAUUGAAGAAUUCUUUGAGGAACCAUUUGAAACUCCAAAGAGCUCCAAUAGCUCUGUCAGGAUCAAACCUGGAAAGAACAUCUUUAAUUCAGCUGUAAAUAGUCUACAAGAGGACCAAAAGAUGAAAAAAGCAGAGGAAAGAAAGGCUGAACAGAAUGUCAUGACCGAGGUUGCUGCUAGCACCAUUUCUCAGUCAUUCUCUUUAGAACAAAAUUCUGAGGUUCCCAGUAACAUAGAGAUUUCUGUAAGUCACGGUCAGCCUUCCCUUGCUGCUGUGUCAAGUUUAUCAAGUAUUAUCUCCAGUACUUCAAUCUGUGCAAAAAAGGAAGACAAAGACAUCAGGAAAGAAGUCACAACAGAAGAGAAACAGAACACAUCAGAAACUGUCAGACACAUGCUCCAAGAUGAAAUGUUUAAGUUAGUUCAGCUACAGCAAAUCAACUUCAUGAGUUUAAUGCAGAUAGUGCAGUCAUCGUUUGUUAACCUGCCAAAUGUGCAACAAACUUUGCAACAGUAUCAAUGUGCACACCUGGAAGGAAUCCAGCCUGUGCCCCCUGCAGCAGUCAAUGGCUCUGGAAGACCUUCAUGUUCUGCAGGUGCUUCUCUGAAAACGCAACUGUCCACUGAAGAUAAUAGAGGAAAACAUGAUCAAAAGAGCUCAAAUUUUCAACCAACAGAUAGUUUAAGAGAUGAAAGCAACUCUGUCCAUACAAAAAAUCAGCAGAAUGUUUCUUUAAGUCUUCCUGAAAGCCAAAGCAGAGAGGCAGGGUUUAUGCCACCAUCACAAGAUUUGCAUUCUUCAGCACCCAUCAAACCAUUUCAUCUCCUGGCUCCUUCCUCAGAUGUUCAGAAAGCACCCAAGUUUAUCCCUAUUGAAAAAAACAGGAAUUACUCAGAUGGGUUUCCUUUGCUUAAGCUUGAAUCAGUUUAUCAUUCAAAACCAGCAUUUUUACAUCCAAAAGAAGUGUCAUCAACUUUUGCAAGACCACCCCCGGUACUACGAGUGGCUUGGAAUUCAUCAAAUUCUUUAUGGAACCAGCAGUCGUUAUACCAAGAAAGGAGUAAGUCUACAGCACAUGUGAACAUGAGUAGAUCUAAACCUGAGAUCUCAAAACAAAUUCAGGGGGAAGAGAAAAGAUGGGCAGAAACUGUGAAUAAGCCUCCUUCCAAACACCUAUGUUCAAGUCAGUAUGAAGAACAAGAAAUUUCACUUGAGCAGCAGUUCUCUGGUAAUGUGAAAAUGGACAAUACAAUGAUCACCAACAACCUGUCUGGUAUUCCUCUACUGCACUUGAAUCUUGAUCCAGUACCUAGACUUCCACAAGUUAUAAAACAACCAAUCACCACUGCUUUAAUACCUGUUAAACCUGUAACAAAAGAGACCGACUGCAGAGAAACACUACAGCACACAGGAAUAUCACUGCUCCAUGCCAACUUACCUCAACAAAAGAAGGUGCCAAAACUUAUUCCACCUCAAGAUCUCAUUGCAUUUGAGCAAUACUACUACCACCAUAAUGUGACCAGUUCUUCCUUUGGGCAGGACCAAACUAAGCCUAUGCAGUUACUAAAAACUGAUUUAAAACCGUUUGAACCAAGAGAUGUGCAAAAGAGUACAAAAAGACAGAAGAGGCGUGAUAAGAAACAAAUGAAGGAGGAAGUGGAAAAGGAGAAACGAAGUGUGUCUUUCUGUCCAGAAGAUUCCAUCAUCAAUAUUAGUGAUACAGUGAUGGCUGUUGAAACAAAAGUGGAUCCAGAAACAAAAUGCACCUCUUACCUGCAAGAUGAUUCUUUCAUUCCCAUGGACAAAGCAACAGAGGCAGUUACUACUCCAGAGCUACAUGCUUCUACAAAUAAAAACAUAGCAGAAACUCAAGAUGCAAGUACAAACACUCACCCAGUGCUCAAAUCACAUAAGGAUAUUGGAAUCAGUACUGAAACUGAGAUUUCUGACACUGGAAAAAAUGAGUCAGAUGUGUCUGUUCCUGUGUCAGAAUCACCUCGUGUCCCUAAAUUAUCAUCACCCAACCUGUAUUUAAACCUGGGAUUCUCCAGUGAAGUGAAGGAGAGACUUCUACCAUCAUCUUUGUCUGAUGUACCUGAUUUGACUAAACAUAGAUAUGUCAGUGUGACUGACAUUGAAGGCAGUGACAUCCUUAAUGAUUUACAUGUGGUACCUGAAUCAGCAGAUGAAAUAGUUACUACAGAGCAAAAUGAGAAGUUUGAAAUUCCAUCUACUGCAGAACUUCAUCACACAGCAGCUUCUGUUACUAAUGCAAUUCCAUCUGAGCUGCUACAGAAGAAAGACAAUCAUCUCAAAGAUGUAUCAAGCCAAAAGCAAAAGGAACAUAAAGAGACAGAUUCUGCUAGAGAAAGUGUAACUUGGAAUACAGAACUUCAGGAUACAAGAGCUUUCCCUUCUACGCGUCUGCUGCCGAAAGUAACUGACAAAAAAUACUUGUCCGUAAAGCAUCAGGAAAUAGAUUUGCAAUUACGUAUACUGCAGAAUGUAACAAAAAAUAUGGAGAAGGACUUCAGAAAUACCAGACAGCUUGUGAAAAUAAUAGAAGAUUUGGAAACGGCUGACAAUUCGGACCCUCAUGAUCAUCCUUCGUUCUCUGAAGAUUCUAGAAUCAGUGAUGAUGAAUAUUUGAAGGGCAUAAUUUUUGAAGAUGUUAUGGAUGGUGAAAAGAAGAGCUUAAAACUUGAACGUCCCGUAACCCGUAAUACUACUUUGAAAGUGAACUCUGCUAAAUUUACAGACUCCGCUUCUGACUUUUCCGAUGGCAUAAAAUCAUGCUUGGGCUUUAAUUUAAAUGACAAGCUAAGUGAGAGUUCUGUAGAAGAUCCCCUGCAAAUCACUGGUUUCAGUGGUGUUACUGACAUGGUUAAUAAACUUGUAUUAGAAGGUGGCAUCUCUCCGACAGAGCUGGGCUUUCCAAAAACACAGGCUAAGAAAAUCUCCAGACAUUCUCAAAAAACAGAAAAGGAGAAGAAAGAGAUACGAGCAUGGAUGAAAAGAAAACAAAAGGAAAGAAUGAGAGAAUAUAUGAAGAAACUGGAAGAACAGAGACAGAAAGAACAUAAUCCAUUCGAUUUCAAAAAGAAUGCGCAUUGUCGUCUUACUUCAAAGGAUAUUAAAUUACUCCAGAAAAAGAAAGAAGAAAAAGACAGAAUUAUGUUUUCUGAACAUCACAGUAUGAGAGUAUCACAAGCACUUUCUUUGGUGAAUGAAGUGUUAUCUGAAACGCUGAUGUUCCCUGCAAGUGAGCGCAGACAAUGGUCCAGUGCAAGAUCACCUCAGGAGUGCAGAAAACAGCACAUUGUGUCAACUAAAGGAGGGCAUCCAAACAUUCAUGUUAUGUCAGAAAGGAACAGAAUUGCUGCCAGACCCUGCUUUGGCCAAAAGGGACGUCAUUUUACUCCAGCUCUUGGCUCAACACGGUCCAAGGCUGCUGAGUGCAGAGUGAGCAGAAUAUCAACAACAAACAAAACUAAACAAGAACAACAAAAGCAUCCAGGUGUUUCUACUGCAGUUCAGACAGAAGGUUUUGAUCAUGAGACUGAUGGUGAUGUAGAAAGUCCUUGGACUGCACCUGAUGAGAUCCAGGGAACACUUCAGGAUUCUCAUGACACCUUGUUUCAGACAACUGAAAAGAAUUGAUGAAGAGCGAUCCAAAUCACAGAGAACUUGGAACUGCGUGGGCCUGAAGUGCAGUUUUGUGCUUGGAGAUGAGGCACUUCUGUUCAGAAUGACACUGGACUGAUUAUGUUCAGGACUGGCCUGCGAAAAUUCAGAAUCAAAGAAGUUUCCUAAUAAAUCUGAGACUGGUGGAUUUUCUCAAGAGAUCGUUACAUGUUGUUUGUCUGUGCUCACAGCAGGGAGCAAAAUCCAUUCAGCUCAUCUACGCAUGUAGGGACUGAAGCGCAAUUCAGCUUCUGUAUUACUCCGUACAAACGUAACCCUAACAAAUGAGAGUUGGAGAAAGCUGCAAUCUAAGGGCAGCGUGUCUUCAGUGUGUGGUUGUACAGAAGGGGUGGUGGGUGAAGAGCAGCUGCAUCACUAUUUUCUAGCACCCAGCAACUCGGACACUUGUUUUCAACACAGCUUUGACAGUGCUAUUACACUGAGAAGCUCGUGGAAACCAAGUUUGAUUAACGAGUCCCUGAAACACUGGGAAAUAGUUUCCACCCUGAGUCACCCGCUGUAGAUCCCCUUUCCUAGAGAGAUGGGUGCUGAAAUGUAUGUCACACACUUGCACAGCCACUAAACUGGUGUCUGCUGCCUGCACAGGCAUCACACAGCACAGACUGUUCCACACAGGAUCGGGUACCUCCCUCAUCUUCUCACUUGCCUCCAAACCAGUGUAUGGGCGAGCAGGGUUUUGGGGGAAGAAUUUCACAGCUCAGGAUCUGCAGUGUACACAAUUACGUGUAUGUCAAUGAAAACAUCUCCUUCCUCAUACAAAGAAGUCCAAACCCAAGUGGGAAACGGGAAAUCUGUAUUAUGUUUUAUAAGCAGCGUGGGGCUAAUCAACAAUAGAAUGGCAGGAGUUACCUCAGAAUGAAUAAAGCACAAUGAGAAUGGAUUUAA